AUGCGUAGUACGGCAGGUGGCAGGUGGCGGCGAUCAUGGGAACUCGGGGUUGAGUCGAGUUCCCACGGCCGCGUCAUUCACCACGCCGCACCUGCGCCCCUUAACGGGGAUGCUACACACACGACUGCCACGCGAAGAGCGAACACGGCGCGCGAGUGUGUGUCGUGCUCGCGCCUCGCGUGUGCGUACGCUCGAGCUUUACGCGUGCGUGACGCGAGAGUGUGCGUGUGCGUAUGCGUAUGCGCAUACGGGCUCCGAUUUCAGCAUUUAUUAAAC